AUGGAGGCCGCUGGUCUUGAGUCGGAAUAUAUCGAACGUUCUAACUUCUCUCGCUCUCCAGGUUUAUCCCCAGAUUAUACCGUUUCUAAGAUUGGCUGCGUUGUUCGAAUCAUGCCAGGGACCCAACGUGUUGGCAAGGAAGCCUCAGGAAGGGAAGGGAAGGAUGAAAUAGAUGGGAUGGAGGGAUGA